AUGACGAAGCCACGACGGUCGCUGGCAUAUUCGGCAGAAUAUGAGUUUGGCGACGACAACAUUCUAACCGUGGCUUACUUUGAGGAGAAUAGAGUCCGAAAUCAACGGCGAAUCAAACAUGCGCACUCGGUCAUAGACACGGAAGCAGGCAUACGCACCGUCAAUAAUGCGAAAAAGCUUCAGCAAGAGCAAGACAGAGAGAUCGAAAUCGCUCAGCACAACCAACUGUUACUAGAUCGACUCGAACGCAUCCACAAAAAGCUCCCGAAGCAGUUUGACGUCUCACAUCACACCCAGGAGCAUCUGGGCAUCCAAAGUCCAUCAAACUACUCUCAAUGGCAGCGCGAACAAAAGCGAAUCGCAAAGGAAAACGAGAAAAUGAGACGACGGAUAGAGCAGACCAAGUCGAUGUUCAACACCAAGCAGCUCACAGCCGAUGCCGACAAAUACCUCUACUACUCGGAGAAGCUUUCGAAGAUCGAUCGACGGAUGCAUUUGAAGGAAAAAUGGAAACAGCUCAGCAUCCCACUCGAAAGUCGCCGCGACGCGAACGAAUUACCCAGACUCCGCGCAAAAUCUGAAAGCAAAUAUGCUGCACCUGCUGAGAUCUUCCCUACUGUGACCAACACGUCGAAACUCGUGCAAGCGGCAGACUUGUUGCCUCGACUUGGACUCUGA